UCCGCGGCGGCGUCGGUUUGCAGGGGAAAGCUACACCAAGGAGGGACGUCCAGGCAGAGAUCCCAGCCCAGUGACAGUCACCCUUAAAUGAGGUCUAAGAGAGCUGCAGCCAGGCUGCACCCCUUCCAACUGCACAGCUGCAUUGCUCCCACCUGUGCUCCCAGAGCUGACCGGGUCCUUUCCCAGAAAUGUGCUGAAAGCAGACACUACAAGAAGAUACUGUAAGAGAAGGAUCCAAGGAUAAUGACGAGCACAGCAGAGAAUAAUUCAGUGAAAGUGCCGAAAUUUUGUGCCACUGCCUCUUUCAGUUGAGAAAGAUUGGCACUCAUAUCCGCACAGCCUGCAUGCGAUGAAUCCAGGGCUUGGUUUACAGUCACUGAAAUAAACAGAAUAGCACCUGCAGCUUAGUCAUGAAUGUGAACAUCUUGAAGUAGCAAAGGAAACAAAUGAAAUCAUGGAGAAGUUGUGCCUUUUCUGAAAUGCCUUGGGUGUUCUACCAAUACUCAUUUUUAAAACUGAGCAACAUUGCGGCUAUUGAAGAAGCCUGAACGUGUUAAAGAUCAUGGACGAAGUUAUUGAGGUUUAACACAAUGGAUCACGUGGGGACAGCGGAUGCUGAGGACGACCCUGGAUCCCUGCCACGUCUCGCCCCCAGCCCUCACAGCGAAGCAGUGGCACACGAGUUUAAGGAGCUGUCCCUGCAGCCCAGCCAGUGCUUGCCUCCUCUCAAUGAGCGCAAGAAUGUACUUCAGCUGAGGCUACAACAAAGACGGACACGUGAACAGCUGGUGGACCAGGGCAUCAUGCCACCUUUGAAAAGUCCCGCUGCAUUCCACGAGCAGAUAAAGAGCCUGGAGCGAGCCAGGACUGAAAAUUUUUUGAAGCACAAGAUUCGCAGCAGACCGGACCGGUCUGAGCUGGUCAGAAUGCACAUCCUUGAAGAGACCUUUGCAGAGCCUUCGUUGCAAGCCACUCAGAUGAAACUGAAGAGAGCACGCUUGGCAGAUGAUCUGAAUGAGAAGAUUGCGCAGAGGCCUGGCCCUAUGGAGCUGGUAGAAAAAAAUAUUCUGCCUGUAGAUUCCAGUGUUAAAGAGGCAAUUAUAGCAGUUGGACAACAGAAUUACCCUCAAGCUUUGGAUGACUAUUCAUUUGAUGAAGACAGCAGUGAUGCUUUAUCACCAGAUCAGCCAGCCAGCCAAGAAUCCCAAGGUUCAGCUGCUUCCCCUGGUGAACCAAAAACAAGUGACUCACCAUCACCAAUAACACCAAAUGCUACUACUUCAACACAGUAUCCACCUUUAACCUCUCCAGUUCCUGAAUUCCUUAAAACUCCUCCCACAAUCGAACACGUUACACGUUCUACUGCUACAGCCACCAUGACCACAAGUACUGUGACUGCAGCAAAGCCUGGGCCAACAUUAGUAAAGCAAAGCCACCCAAAGAACCCAAAUGAUAAGCAUCGGAGUAAGAAAUGUAAGGAACCUAAACCAAGGGUGAAAAAAUUGAAGUAUCAUCAAUAUAUUCCACCUGAUCAGAAAGGUGAGAAGAACGAGCCACAGAUGGACUCAAACUAUGCUCGUCUGCUACAACAGCAGCAACUGUUUUUGCAGCUGCAGAUCCUGAGCCAACAGCAACAACACUACAACUACCAGACAAUUCUGCCUGCACCACUGAAGCCACUGAGUGACAAACAGAAUAACAGUGGGAACACACCACUAAGUGCUUUGAACAACAACACACCAACAUCAGCUGCAAACGCAACAAGACAGAACAGUAAUGUUCCUAGCCGGAAACCAGGACCUCUGCCUUCAAGUUUGGAUGACUUGAAGGUAGCAGAGCUUAAAAUGGAGUUGAAGUUGAGAGGAUUACCUGUGUCUGGAACAAAAACAGAUCUUAUUGAGCGUCUGAAACCCUACCAAGAUCUCAAUAACAACGGAGUCACUACUUGCAGCUCUGCUACAGUCACUACUUCUACUGGAGCCACAGGUAACACAGGGGAAAUGGCUGUGGCAUUUCCUGUUGCAACACUAAAUAAAACGGUGGCUAAUACCAUAUCCAGCUUUCCUCUGGAAAAAACAGCUACUGGACCUGGCUGCAAAGCAAUAAAUACUGAGAACGUUAGCUCUCCCUUGCCUGUAUCUCCCUCCCCUUCAGAACAAUCUAAUCUAAGCACAGAUGAUACUGGUAUGGCAGACACUUUCACAGAAAUGAUGACCAUGGUGUCACCAUCUCAGUUCUUAAGUACUUCGCCACUAAGAACAAAUACAAGUGAUGAUAAUCAGAAUCGGAGCAGUGGAAAAAUCUCAAGCAUGGAAUUUGAUGUAGCAGAAAAGGACCGCAAGCUUCAAGAAAAAGAAAAACAGAUUGAAGAGCUCAAAAGGAAACUGGAACAAGAGCAGAAACUUGUGGAAGUACUGAAAAUGCAACUUGAGGUUGAAAAAAGGGGACAGCAGCAACAGUCUCAGACUUCUGGUAACUCAGCUGCUUUGGAACAGAAGCAAUUCAGUGCUGCUGUCAAAGAUGAAAAUGCUCUUACUGACUGCUCAAGCACAAGUCAAUCUGUAUCUGUAGCUAGUCAUCCUUUAGGACAACCAGUAUACACCACUGGACAGAAUCCAGUUGCCCAAAAGGCAGUUAUCAUCAAACAGGAGAUACCUGUGGCCAAAGCUGACCCUCAGAGUGCGAUUUCUCAAUUUUAUGUUAAUCCACAGAGGCAACCACAAACUGCAGUUGUUGCCCAACCUCAAGCUUUACUGACGACACAAGGAACACAGCUGCUCCUUCCACUAUCUAUCCAGGGACCGAAUUCUGCCACUUCGGUGCAGCUACCAGUUGGAAAUAUAAAGUUACAGGCUCAAUCACAAGCUGGAAUACAGACCCCAUCACAAAUACCUGCUCCUAUUCCUUCCUCUGGCCCGGUCCAGACAGCAGCUAAGACGCAUACUCCACAAUCAAAACAAAACACCAUCACGCAGCACGCACUUGGUCAGACCCAACAAAUCAGAAAGGUUUUUCCACCUACCACAUCAACUACAGUGUUUUCCUAUCAGACUGCACCAGUUACAACACCUUCACAAUCUUUUAUUAACAAAACAUCAAACUCUAACAUUCGCAGUGGUAAUAAUCAGACUCCCUCUGUGCAGAAUGGACCUGUUCCUCCUAAUAAGCCUGGCUCCCCAUCUCAAGCCCAGUCUUAUAUUGUUCAGCAGUCGCUCUUCAACAGCACAGCAUCCAAGACAAAAGACCCCCCCCGUUAUGAAGAGGCCAUAAAACAGACCCGCAAUAUUCAGACAUCUCACCGUGAGAUUUCCAGCGCACACAGCCAGCAGAUGGAUGAUCUUUUUGAUAUUCUCAUCAAAAGUGGAGAGAUUUCCCUUCCAAUAAAGGAAGAACCAUCUCCCAUUUCUAAAAUGAGACCAGUAACAGCCAACAUCACUACAAUGCCAGUAAAUACAGUGAUAUCCCGCCCACCACCACAGAUCCAAAUGGCCCCUCCUCCUGUGUCCUUGGAACCAACAACCAGCUUGUCUAUAAGUCUGGAAAACCAACUUGAAGCCCUCCUGGAUGGAACUUUACCUUCAGGUAAUGAAAUUCCUCAAUUGACAAGCAGUAACGAGGACAGAGAGUCGUUUUCUUUAAUUGAAGACCUCCAGAAUGAUCUGCUUAAUCACUCCAGCAUUUUAGAUCACUCCCAUUCACCCAUGGAAACGUCUGACCCCCAGUUUACCACUAAUAGUUCUUGUCUAUCUCUUGACCUUCCUGACACAAAUUUAGACAAUAUGGAAUGGCUGGACAUCACAAUGCCCAGCUCCUCAUCUGGACUCACUCCUCUCAACUCUGCUGCCCCCAGCGUGUUCUCCACUGACUUCCUAGAUACACAGGACCUACAGUUGCACUGGGAUUAAGCUGUAGCCAAUAAGAAAAUGACCUGGAAAUCUCUUUUUACUGUAGAGAUCCUAUUACACUAUUCUGAUUGCAGUUAAAAUAAAUUACAAUAGAAAUGUC